UUUUUCCCCAAUCCAACUUCUCCCACCACCCAGCAUGGAUUCACGUCUGGCACAACAAGAGAGGAAGACCAGGUCGGCCUGCGAUCGGUGUCAUGGACAGAAACUCCGAUGUAUCCUCAAACCCGGCCACACCCGGUGUGAGCGAUGUCUGCGACUCGACACGGUCUGUCGCUUUGCGCCUCGUGCCCCGCGGGGCUCGAUAAAGUCUCGCUCGUUGCAGUCGCAGAAAACGCCGAAUCCACAGGAUGUUCUAUCACAGUUGCCUUCGCUAGACACCGGAUCUGGUGACGGCGCUCUUGACGUGUCCUUGGACAGCGGACCGUGGUCAGACAUCGCUGAUAUGCUGAACCAGGACAAUAUCUGCCAACUCGAACCGACAAUUAACGACCAGGCAUUAUUAUGGUCGCCAGACACGCGUCCAUCAUGGGAGAGCGAUGUCCAGACACUGCAGCUCCCGUCUCUGUCAACAUCGACCACCCACGAACUGGCAGGCCUCAGUAUCGCGCUGGCUGAACUGACAGCAAACCUGCCAACAAUGCCAGAAGCAGCCAGUAGCAACUCUUCCAAUUGUACAAGCACAAGCGCACGCUCAGAAAUGCCUUUUAUUCUCGACGACCUAUUCCGCCUCACAACACAAUUCACAGACUUAAUCCAGACCCGUCUCGGCCUCUCCCCAGACGAAGCCACAAUCCUCAUGCUCGGGUCCUGCCAUUCCCGACUAACAGAUAUAUACACGACUGUAUUCUCCCUGGUCCAGCGGUGCAUCAACCACUCACCAAGCCUACCUCGCCUGCGCCAGAACUGGGCGAUUGUCCUGCCCAAGGUGGAAAUGGGGUCGCUGAAUGCGCCGGCGCUGCGCGUGGACGAGGAGACUCCGGCAUCUGGUGCGAAGGCCUUUAUGUAUAUGUGGAUGCUCUGUGUUUUUUCGGCGGAGCUGUGGACGCAGUUGAGUCGUGCGCUGGGAGGGCAGGACCAAGUGGUUGAUGGAAUAUCACCGUUGGGGCGUAUGGUCUGGACGGACAUGGCUGACAGGGCUGGGUCGGUGUUGCAGAGUAUUGAGAGCACAAGGGCUUUAGUUAUGUAGUCUGCUGGUCUUGUAUAUAAUUAUUAAUACCAUAUGGAAUCCAUUCUAGUGGAUGCCGGCAAGGGAAUGUUCGUUGUGGCAGUAGACUAU